UUUUUCAGAUCCAGGUGCUCACAGGAAAUAUUCACACUGGAAACAAACCUUCAGAAGGAAAAAUGGAUCACUGGUGUUGGCCAUCAGAAACCAACAGCUUUCGACGUUUCACCCCUGAGUCCUUGGCAGCAAUUGAGCAAAGAAUUGCUGAGAAAAAAAAGCAGCCAGACAAAGAAAAAGAGAAGCAUAAGGACCAAAGAGUUGAAGAAGAACAACUUACUCCCCAGCCUGAUCUGCAAAUCUGCAAAAAGCUGCCAUCUCUUUAUGGGGACAUUCCAUCAGAGCUCAUUGGGGAACCCCUGGAGGAUUUUGAUCCGUACUACAGUGAUCACAAGACUUUUAUGGUGCUAAAUAAAAAGAGGACUAUUUUCCGGUUUACUGCCACACCUGCCUUGUGUAUAUUUGGUCCUUUUAAUCCAGUCAGAAAAGCAGCAAUUAAAAUUCUGACCAAUUCAUAUUUUGCGGUCUUUAUUUUAUGUACCGUGUUACUCAAUUGUGUGGUUAUGGUUGUACCUGAUAUUCCACUACCACUCGGCUGGACUGAAUGGGUUUUUACUGGCAUUUAUACUAUUGAAAUAUUGAUAAAAAUAGUAGCAAGAGGAUUUGUUUGGAAUGAAUUUACCUUCCUUCGAGAUCCGUGGAACUGCUUGGAUCUUUCUAUUACUAUCAUAAUGUAUAUUAUGUAUGAAAAUAUAGGCAGCUUUGAACUUUCAGGUCUUCAAACUUUCAGAGUACUGAAGACUUUGAAAACCAUUUCAGUAAUACCAGGUUUGAAAAUCCUGGUAAAUUCAAUUGUUGAAUCUCUUAAGAAACUUGCUGACGUGUUGAUCUUGACUGUGUUUUGCUUGAGUGUAUUUGCCCUAAUAGGCCUCCAACUUUUUAUGGGCAAUUUAAGAUUCAAAUGUGUCCUCAAUAAUACUGUGUACAAUGACUCAUUAUGUAAGGAUCCCAAGAUCUAUGUACCAAGUGAUGAAGGUAAAUAUAUCUGCCACAGAAUGAAUGGCUCUAAUGACAUAUUGCUCUGUGGGUUCAGUUCAGAUCCUGAGAAAGAGUGCCCAGAAAACUAUACCUGCCAGCAGAUUGGGCAGAAUCCUGACUUUGGUUAUACAAGUUUUGAUCAUUUUGGCUGGGCCUUCCUCUCUGUAUUCCGUCUGAUGACACAGGAUUCCUGGGAGCGUCUCUACAGACAAACUAUCCGUACAUCUGGAGUGACCUGCUUUUUUUUUUUUGUGGGAGUCAUCUUUUUCUGCUCAUUUUAUCUCUUCAAUCUGAUCUUGACUGUGGUAGCAAUGUCAUAUGUAGAGCAAAAAAGAACUGAAACAGAGGCUAAGAAAAAACUACUUCAGGAAGCCCAAGAAAUUAUAAAGAAAGAACGGGAGUUGGCUGCAGCAGAAAGCAGUAAAGCCCUACAGGUUGGGUCUGAAAUGCCAGAAAGACUUUUGAAAAAUUCAAAAGGAAAAGAGACUAAUAAAGAAACACCUAUUUUAAGACACAAUGUAUCUUUCUAUGAUCAGGAGAAAGAGGAGCAAAUAUUUCAUUCAAAGCCUUGUCACUGCCGAAAGAAGCUUAGGAAGGUCCUGCUGUCCUAUGAUGUGUCAGUGGAGUCUAUUAAUGAUCCUUUCCGAAGACAGAGGUUAAUGAGUGCAGCUGCUAUUCUUACAGACUUUUCAGAAUCAUGGAACAGUUUGUUGAAACGUCCUGCAUUGUGGAAGCGUUUUGCUCCAAAGUAUCUAAUUUGGAAUUGUUGUCCAUUCUGGAGAGCAGUCAAAGAGAAGGUGAAAUUGGUGAUUUUGAAUCCGUUUGUUGAACUCUUUAUCACAGUUUGCAUUAUCUUGAACACCUUAAUCAUGGCUAUGGAGCACCCUGGCAUGGUGACAAGAAUCAGAGAAAUGAUUACUAUAAGUGACCAGGUCUUCACCCUGAUUUUUACACUAGAAAUGAUCUUGAAAAUCAUUGCUCUAGAUCCUUACUACUAUUUUCAGAACAAGUGGAAUGUUUUUGAUAGCUUGGUUGUUUUGAUUGGCCUAGUGAGCUUUGGAACCAAGCUGUCACCUUUCCGAGUGAUGAGGAUCUUCAAAUUGGCAAAGGCCUGGCCAGCCUUAAAUACUCUAAUUCUAAUCUCAUGUGAUGCUCUGAGUAACCUCACUCUGGUUUUGGCUAUCACUGUAUUUAUUUUCGCUGUACUAGGAAUGCAGCUUCUGCACACCGAUUAUGAAAAAAACUUCUAUAAAAUAAGCACCAAUUGGGAUUUACGCUGGCAUAUGAAGGAUUUCAGUCAUUCAGUCCUGAUUAUAUUCCGAAUCUUAUGUGGAGAAUGGAUUGAAAUGAUGUGGGAAUGUAUGGAAGUGGCUGGAAAAGAGAAAUGUAUUACCAUUUUCUUGCUAGUCCUGGUGAUAGGAAACCUGGUGGUGCUCAACUUGUUCAUUGCCCUGCUGCUGAGUUUUUUUGAUACUGACAGCUUAGGAGGACGAGAGGAACCUGGAGAAGGGACUAAAUGUCAGAUUGCCCUUGCACAGAUUUACAAGGGCCUGAAGUCUGUGAAAGACAGAAUUCUGGAUCCUCGUGGCAGAAAAAUGAAAAAAAGGCUCAAAAAGACAGACAAAAAGAAGACUUUGGAGGAAAUUUCUGGCCAAAACAUAGAGGAUAAUAAUUAUGCCAUGACAGAUGUUGGAAAAUACAUAGACAACAAUUGCUUUGUCAUAGAGUGUUACCAUAAUGAAGAGAAUUCCUCAAUAAUGAGGAAAUACGAAGAUCUUUCCAGCAGUCACAGUACCUGUGUUCCCAUUAAAGCAGCAGAGAGUUCCAGUGACAAAAGUGAUGAUGAGCACAUUGUAUUCACAGAAACAGAACACAGAAAACAGAGAGACAGAUUAGGACAUAAAGAACAGCAGCAGAGUUCAGGUAUCUUCAGUCAGAUUGCUGGGACUCCUGAAACUAUAAAUGUUUUCACAGUAACACAUGAAAAGCAAGAGCAAAAAGAGAAAUGUAGUGCUCUUCACAGCUCUUCUGAAGCCAGCAGUGUGGAUGCAGUUGUUGGUCUGGAGAUGUUUUCCCAGACUAAAAACUUACACCUGCCUAAGGACUGUUUUGGAGAAAACUGUGGUAAAUAUUUCCCAUGUUGUGUAGUGGAUAUCACCAAGUUUCCAGGCAGAAGUUGGUGGAAAUUGAGGAAAACCUGCUACAGAAUUGUUAACCAUAGCGGGUUUGAGUAUUUUAUGAUUUUUGUGAUAGUGUUGAGCAGUGCAGCACUG